AUGCAUUUUGACUCAGUAGAAGACACAUACAUAGCUCAAGGGACGCCUGAACUCACAACAGACACGGAUUCCGACAUGGACGGCUCGAGGGAGACGUUAAAGUUAGAUGGGAGCUCGGACAGUGCUGCAGAAUUAACUCGUUGGUCGUCACGAGAACGGAUUCGCGAAGAGACACGGAUUGUGGUUUUAGAUUUUUUGAGUUCAUUGCCUGCCGACAAACUAACUGCUCGUAACCUUUCGGAAUCAGAGAGCAGGGUAAAAUGUUUGUCCAAACCGAUGUCGCGUCUGUCAAAAAGUAGCAGCGAUGUAGGUGCAUACGAACACAAACGGCAGAAAUUUCUGCGGAUGGCUAGACUUCAGCGAAAGCUAUCACUAAACUUAAAGAGAGACAUCGAAGGCUUCGACCAAAGGAAGCUCAAACACAGGAACAUACAGAAAGAAGAGUAAGUAGUCUUAUCUUAUCUAAAUGGUAAAAUAUUUGCCAAAAUGCGGCGAUUCAUAUAUAGCUGAAAAAAAUAGGCGAGAUAUACCUGACGCAAACUGAGCUCAAGUACACAGCUGACUUUAUAGUUGUUUGAUGUUUUAGUUGCGUUAAAUGCUAUACGGCUGUGCGGUUUCGUGCAGUACACAGUGAAUCUGUACAUCUGUGUUUUGGACUUUUACGGCAUACUAAAAUUUUUGUCCCCCGCAAAUACGUUAUGGUCAGUACAAAUUUGUAAAAUGAAGGAGCUUUGUAAUUAGUGGUAUUUAUCAAAGAGCUUGUUGUGUAUAAUUUCAAUAAGGGAGCUCUUGGUUUUUCAAAGUCUUAUUCCUUUUUUUUAUUCAAUAUGGGUCUUUUUUCUGAACGGAAGUGCAAUGGAAACCUGUAUGUAUAAAUCUGUUGUUGUUACAUAUGAGUCCUUGGGGAUUAGAGGCUUAAGAGGGCUUAUUCAUUUUCUAGCAUUUAUGUGGGAAAGAGUUGCAUGACAGCAAAGACACAACAUGAGUAUUAAUACCUCAUUAGCUUAGCUUAAUGUCAUUCUGAAAGUUGCAAGUGAAUGAAUAUAGCAUCUCCACUUAAAAGUAAUAUAUUUUAUUCAUGUUGUUGUGGUUAAUUUACAAACAUGACUCUUUAGCAAUCAAUUUUCCUUGUUCAUUGUUGGUUAUCUUGAAGAUGACACAGCAUUGUUACACACUUUAUAUCUAAGGUUGCCAUUGUGACAAGUGGCCUUUUAGCCUUUUUUCCUGGUAUUGAUAAUGCAGAUACUUAUGUAAGGGAACUGGUCAUAAGAAUUUCGUGGAAUUUGGCAUAAAGGAACAACCGAGAACAAGGAAGUAGGGUAAAGUAAAAUCAUUAGAGCAGAAUCCAUCAGUGAAAAUUUGUGAUCAAUCACUUGCAUUUAUGUAUUACAUUGUAGAACUGGUGUAAGGUCAUAAAGGAAGCAAGCCUAUAAGAAUUUCUGAUUUGAAAAUUUUAAAUCAGGAAUUUUAAUGUAAUAUUAAACUAAACACAAAUUUCAAAGGUGAAGAAAAAGAGUAAAAAUAUAAAAAAGGCUUUUGGUUCAAUAGGUGUAUAGAAAGUGAAGGUCAAAGUUAGCAUUUAAGAGUGCUAUAAUCAUUAGUUCCUAUGUUUGAAAGGGCUUCUUCAGUUUGAAGAUCAGCCACAGGGAUUUAAAGCUUGCUAACUUAUUUUGCACUAGGUUCGGAUUGUAGCAUCUAUGAUUCCUUCAUAGUCAAGCAAAAUUACUGGUGUUACUAUUUACAACAUGUCAUUCUUAGUUGAAGUGGCCAACAAUUCAAAAUCUUAAUGUAUUAUUGUACUGAACACAAAUUCCAAAGUUGAAGACUUUUGGUUCAUUUUCAAUAGGUGUACAGAGAAUAAAGGCCAAAGUUAGCAUUUAAGAGCACUGUAAUCAUUAGCUCCUAUUUGAAAGGGCUUCUUCAGUUUGAAGAUCUGACCCAGGGAUUUAAAGCUUGUAGAUUUAUUUCCCACUUGGUUCAGAAGCAUUUACGAUUCUGUCGUAAUCAAAUGAAAUUACUGAAGUUACUAUUUACAGCAUAACAUUCUUAAUUGAAGUGACAAACAAUUCAAAACUUACAUUCAUUUGCACUGCUUUUAGAUCCCUUUUUUUCACCAGCCUACUUCGUAUAAUGACUGUUAGACUUCAAAAUGUCUUUACAUGUCAAAAUUAUUCUUUUAAAAUCAGUGUCACCUGACCUGUUUUCUAGCCUGAGAAAACAGCCAACGUUUUGCAGUGCUACAACUUACUAGUCUCCCCUCGAAAUGACGUCUGAGAAAUGAGCACAGAAAUUUAAUACUGAUGACGCAUCACUACCCAGAUCUGUGUAGUGGCUCCAACUGGUUGCGCUCCAUGGGAAGUUUGCUUCAACCUGAAUCAGUAUAGAAUUUAUGCACUUGCUUCUCAGACAUCAUUUUAAAAGGAAACCAGUGGAAGCGUCACAAAAUCUCAACUAUUUUCUCAGUCUACCCCUUUCCAGCUUUUGCAAAGUCAAGGAGAUUGCACAAUUACCAGUGAUAAAAUGGAAAUUUUGAAGGGAAUAUUUUAUACGUGAUUGAAAAUGAACACCAGCUAUGUUUGAAAUGUGUAUUUUUACAGUCAUGUGAUGAAAUCCAAUGUGAUAGUUUCUGCUGUUGGCAGAAUUUUUGCAAAGGUACCUAAAUGUUUUAACACGAGCCAUUUCCAGUCUCCUGUUUUUCCGUAGAUAUCAGUGGAAAGCCAGAAAUCUGCAUGAAAUACCAUGUGGAAAUAAAUUUUUGCAGAUUGCCAAUUUUUUGUGUUUUUCAGAUACUAAUUUUUUGUGAUGAUCAGGACAAAGGUUAUUUUCCUGCAAGAAAUUUGUUUUGGCGAUUUUCUGAAAGUUGGGUUCAAAUGAAUUGAUCAUGAAUGUCUUAAUUUAGUCUUGUGUAGCAAAGUUAAGUGUAUAGAAUACUAUUAUCUCAUGUGGCACUAAAUUUUUGUGGGUUCAAUUUUUUGUGUGUGUGUGUUAACUUUUGCAGAUCACAAAACAUCCGCAAAAAUAUACAAGGGCACCCAAUGAUCCCGUUUUCUUUAAAAUGUCUGUUCGGAGAAGCGAAUAUUGCCUAGAAUUUUCUAUUAGGACUUGAAGAAGGCUAAAAAUUUCCAGAUGACUGUUCCAUUCAUGUACAAUAUUUUUGAAGCUUAUCUAAAAAAUUCCCAAAGGUUUUCUGGAGUUUAAUUUUUCACAUUUCACCACCCAGGUUAGGCUAUUUUUCGAGGAAAAAAGGAAACCUAAAAUUUUUGGAUUCAAAAAUGUGAUGGAGAGAGUAAUCAGAAAACUUCUCACUUUCUUGAUAUGAUUGCAUCUAAAAUUUUCGGGAAAAUAAUACUGAAGUCCUUGUAAUUUCAAAAAGACUCAAUGUCCCCUAGGAUGACCAAACAAAAAUUCUAUAGUGCCACCUAGAAUGCAUCUUUAGAGAUCGAAAAGUACUCGAGAAAGCCUAAAAAGUGUUUUCAAUGUAUUUACUCGGAGGAAACCGUCGUUGGGUGCCCCUGAAAUUAGAACCCACUAUAAUUUAGUGCCACACGGGGUAUUGUUUAUGUUUAUGCCAAGAAUUUUUUAAGGCUAUAAUAAUUAUUAUUGCCAGCUGAUGCGCAAACUGAUAGGUGAGAUCUAGUGUUGGGGGGCCAAGGAUCAGCCAUUUUUAUUUGUUUAAGCUUUUACAUACUAUUACUUAGUCAGAAUUAAAAUUGCUGAAACACUCUUGUUAAAUUUCAACUCUUCUCUCAACAGAGAAUUCUUAAAGAGACCAAACGACCUCAAGAUUCCGCCAUUUGAACCUGGUUCUGACCACACUCCCUCACCAGUUUUGUCUCCAGAAGGCCGGGUUGCAGCUAGGUUAGAAAAAAUAAGUCAAGAAAUUAUGGGAAAAGUUCCUCACUUACUGGAUGAACCUCUGAAGAUAAUGCAGGCAGGAAAUCUCUCAUACGAACAGUUUUGUGUGGCUGCACGACACCUUACAUUUGAACAUCAAAUUGUGGGUUGGUCCAAGGUGGCACUUCUUUGUCACUUUGCUCGUGAAGUUGCCAUUGUAGGUGAAUUGGAUGAUUUACAGCUUGAACUGUUGGCUGAUCAUAGCUUUAGGUUUAUUCAGGAAAGUACAGAAGAGUGGAUAGAAAAAAAUGGUGGAUGGGUGAGUAACCGUGUGCUCUGUAUUUUGCACUAUACUCUUUAAGUUGGCUUGAUACAGUUUUUCAGCGUCAAUACCUCCCAAGUUUGAUUAUAAACUAUGUCGCCAUAAACAAAGAUUUGGAAAAAUUGCCACCACGGUUGUAUUAGAUAAAGAUGAAAAUUUUUUUAUGAUCAGGGUUGCAAUGUCAUCAGAGCUGUCAUAGCAAUGAAAUGAGGCCAUUAUCUAUUUUACUUGCAGCAGUAUUUCUCGGCACUGGGAACUAUUGUUCCAAAAUCGUUCACGGGAGCUUUUUCCUCCAAUAGCCGCCUCGAUGUCCGUGAAGUUUGAACAGAAGCUGUAAGGGCGUUAUCGAGUUAUUUUGGAAUGAAGCUUUUAUGGUUAGAAAUACAGUAUCUUGAUGUUUGGCCAUUAUCUGUAGAAAAUGAAGCGCUUUUGACAUGAAAUUCCACCUCAUAGUAGUUUUACUCUUUUUAAAAACUUGUGUGAAAGAUUAUGGAGAUAGGUCGAGCCGAUUGCUAGAAAGAAAGACUGUAUUAGUAUGUAUCAAGGCGCUCUUGUUAGCAGUUUUGUGAACAUUUUGGUCUACUUUAACAAAUUAGCAAAUAAAUGUUAAACCACUUGAUAGAUUUUUUAAAAAAUUUGAGAUUCUCUAGAUGAAGUGUUGUUUUAGGAGACCUUUAUUCUUGAGAUUAACCGUCCUUUUAUAUCCUUUUUUUUCAAGAUUAUUGAUAUAUUGUAAGGCAGUAAAAUAAGGGCUACAAUUCGCUAAUUUUUUAUCACAAGUUUCAUCUUUACAAGUGAAAGCCAGGCUUAUUAUUGUCUCCAGGUUUCAUUUUCACGUGAACAGCAGUGACUAACAAUGCAUUUGAAAUAUGCAAAAAUGCUGACUAGUAUUGUUGUGCGCAAAAAUAUGAAACUUGGAGACAAUACCCCUAAAUAAUGAGAGGCUCUCACUUGUAAACACAAAAUUUCUGAAAAGAUAUUAGCAAAUUGUAACCCUUAUUUUACUGCCUCACAAUAUAUCAAUAAUCUUGAAAAAAAAAAGAUCAUGUAAAAGGACGGUUAAUCUCAAGAAUAUUAAAUUUUAAAAAAUAUCUAUCAAGAGGUUUAAAAAUUAUUCACUGAUUUGUUAAUUAACAAUUAUUUGCCAAAGGCGAAGUUAAUAUUGUUCAACAAUAUUAACUGAGCCUGAGGUGAAUAAUUGUUUUAGUAUAUUCACACGAAGUGAUCUCAACAGAAUCAGAAAGGAAACCAUUAAAAAACGACUAGUUUGAUUGACGGGUGAAUUCAUGCGUGAACACGAAGCCGUAAACAGUGGAUGCGCAAAAGUUAGAUCUUUACAGUAUCUUCAAACAUGGCAAAUGAUAGUUUUAAUCUUUUUGUAUCAAGUUUUGUAAGCUUUAGCAUCAACGGUUUAAAAGAAAACGCCGAAAAUUUAUAUUACUACCCAAUUCUGAGAAGAAAAGUAGAGCUUUAUUUGUUUCUGUCAACUCACCGUGAAUGAGAAAGUGUUCUUUGUCGCUUCUUGCAAAUGCUGUCAACAGCGGCUACGAUCAAGGUGAGCAUUGUUUAUCUCCAAUGUUCUUUGCCUUGUUAACUUGCUGGCACGUACAAUUUUCGAAAAUAUUUGCCUUCCUCUUUUCUCCAUAAAUUAACUUCUAUUUGUAGGCAAAAUUGGUCUUGCGAGAAAAUCCCGAAAUCACAAAACAGUGACAAAGCGACCUCGUUUCCCUCUGUAGUGGUAAACAUAGCUUCGAGCGUACAAAAGUCAGCUACAGUAAACCGCUUCGCAACAAAUCACGCUGUUUAAACGCCAUGAAGUCUUUUCUUGCCUUGAAAGUUAUCAGCACUUGGAUAUUCGUGUAUUUUAAAAAAGGCUUUACUAUGAAACUUUGGCAGAACACCCAUUUCACGACAGCGAUUUUGUUCUGCUUUAUAUUCACCGCCUAGCGGGGUGAAUAUAACGUCAUAGUCCGAGAUAGCUAACCAAUCAGUUUGCUUGAAUUACCAAGAUCACUGAGUGUGUAUAUACUAAAUAAAAGUAGACCAAAAUGUUUACAAAACCACUAACAAGAGUGCCUCAAUACACACUAAUCAAAUCCUUCUUUGUAGCAAUCGGCUUGAGCUAUCUCCAUGAUCUUUCUCACAAGUUUUUAAAAAGAUUAAAACUCUAUGAGGGAAAAUUGCAUGUCAAGAGCACUUCGUUUUCUACAGAUAACAGCAGAACAUCAAGAUCGUCCAUUUUUUUACCAUAUUUAUAACCAUAAAAACUUUAUCCCAAAACAUCUCGAUCAUGCUCUUACAGAUGUCACUCAAAAUACAGGAACAUCGAGGCAGCUAUAACUGAAGGAAAAAGCUCCCAUGAACAAUAUUUUGGAAGAACAGUCCCCAGUGUUUGAGAUAUACUGCUGCAAGUAAAAAGGUAAUGGCAUCAUUUCAUUGCUAUGGCAAUUCCGAUGUCAUUGAAACCUGAUCAUGACAAAUUUUCAUCUUUAUCUGAUACAAGUGCGGUCGCAAUUUUUCCAAAUCUUUGUUUAUGGCAACUAGUUUAUGCUCAAACUUGGGAGGUACUGACCCUGAAAAACUGUAUAGGGCCACCUUAGACCACUUGCUCCUGGAGAUUUUGCCGAAAAACGUGUUUUGAAGCUAGUUGAGUGGUUCUCCGGUCACUGUUGUGCUAUAAAGACUUUUACUUUUUACUUUAAUUCUCUCCUCUCCUCUUUUUGCACUUUUCGUGCUUCAUUUGUUUUUUUUUUUCUUGCUUGGCAUUUAGUAGGCUUCAUUUUGGUGGGAAAAGUUUUUAGGAAAGCUUUUAGGAUCUUAGGAUUUGAUGAAAAGAAAGGUAAGUGGGUAGUGGAACAAGAUUUUCAUGGGAAUUUCAGGUCAAUGUUACAUGGUUUUUUACCUUUUUCUCUGGUGUCCUUGACUGAAAUGUGCUCAUUCUGGUAUGGUUUGAAAGAUCUCUUCACUCUGCACAAGUUAGCAGACAAAAUUUUCCUUGACCAUUAAAACUGAUGAUGUUACAAGCAGUAGAAAGGACGUGAAUCCGCGCGGGCGGUUACGGGGGGCUGAAGGGCGAAUGGGUUAAUAACAGCUUUAAGGUAAACAGGGUUUCAUUAAGAAUUCUAGUAGCAGGAGAAUAUUUUGAAAAAGGCUCCACAUCUGAAUAAAAAGUAUUCAAAGGGUACCGAAUGUUAGCCAGAGAAUUCUGUGCAGUAAACGGAGAAUUCUCCGAUCUUUCCAAUGCCUAAUGAACAUCCUAAGUAAAGCCAUCUCUUAACUCUGUAACUCUUUUAGUGCUUGGUGGGUACAUUCUUAGGGACCUUCUAUAACUUCAUAUGACUGUAAAAUUUGCAUCAGAAUUGGGCCUCAGAAUAGGAAGACAAAGUCUAGCAUCCAUUCUUCUACAUAUUUUGUCUUCUUAUUUCUCAACAUUACUCCUUUCACAUCUAGAAGUGUAAUAUCACUGUUCAUCUUUGACUUUUUCACACUUUACCCGUACAUCAUUUUGCUUGUUUAGUGUUAGUUUUUGGCUAGUUAAUUGGAGGUAGUGCUUUACUGUAUGUAUAAGUGUGUAUGGCAUUUAGUUUGUCUUUUAACCUAUUGCUCCCUACUUCAGACAUUUGUAUUGUCUAAUCUUUCUCAUUCCUUUCUGAUGCAUAAAAGAAUCCCAAUGUAAGGUAAAUACAUGAGCACUAGAAAUCUGGCAUAGUUUAGCAUAUAUCUUGAAAACUAAUCACAAGCAGAAGAAAACAUUGCAAUUUAAAGUGUUUGUUUACUAAAACAAAAGUCACCAGCAAAAAUUCAGUGUUUUUUAAUCUAAAGCAAAUUCAAAAGUGAAUUUCCGCAAAAAUGGAGUGGAGGUUCCAAUUUGCGCAAAGCCCUGCAUGAGUACAGGUAAACCAUUUUUGUAAACAGAGUGAUAAAGUUCUUUUAAAGGCUUUAUCUCAGUGGUGUUCUUUUUAUAGGAAGCUUUUGAUGCUGCUGAUGAGAAAGACAUCAUUGAUACACAGAUUCUACUUGCAAAGUUUUGGGAGAAAGAAGAAAAAGAUGGUGGCAGUAAAGAAGCUCUGCACAUGAAGAGAACCAGUGGAUGUGCUGACAAAAGAAAUUCCUGGGACUCUUGGCUCAAGUAUGGCAUGGCUGCAGCUGCUAUAGGUAUCGGUGUGUGCUAUUCACUCAUAAGACAAUAGAAUAGAGUGCAGAUUUGAAAGAUGUCAUUCAUAUGGAAUGCUUAUCUAUUUCUCUGUGGAAGUACGGCUUGUGGCAAAGCAGGCAAGCAAGUCUAAUGCCCAUUGUGACAGUUGGCCAGCACUUACAGUUACGGCGAGAACUUCUUUAUGGAAAUGGGUCUGCAAGCAACUACUCCUGCUCCUGGUUCUAUUGCACUGGCCAAUAUGUAACAUUGAUAGGCUUUGGAAUGUAAGGUUUAGCAGUGCGUUUUUUUUGUAAGUUUUUCCCAGCAGUGCAUGACUUUUUGUGAGGCUGUAGCUGUAUCUCUGCUCAGGUUGCAAGUCCUCGGACAGUCUGCCAUCAAAGCAGUUUAUGUGAUGAACAUAGGACUAAGGCCAAAUGGAACAUUAACUCUUUAGGUAAUAUGAAAUCCAAUGUAUGCAGUCUGCUUGAUUAAUUAUAAAUUAUUUAUACCUAGGAUAUACAUUUUUCAUACAUAAAAUAUUUCUCCAGUCUUUUCUGAUAUGUCUGUGGUCAGGAACUGCAUUUCAAUAAUAGUUGGCCUGAAUAUAAAAUGAUUUUUCAUGUAAAUAAUUUAUCCUUUGUGCGCACCAGAUGUAUCAUACAUGUAAUAAUAAAUAAUAAUAAAAUUUUCUGCUUUACCUGUAGUUACCAGUAUACUGAAAGGGUGCUUGAGAAAGAAGUGAGUCUUGAUAUGUUGAAUUUGAAUAAUUUUUCACAAGCAAUAACAAGGCAAUUUGGAAAGAGAAUGUAACAGUUUAACCCCUGUUAAGAGGUCUGGCAGACCCUACCCUAUACGAGACUAAACUCCCAAAAUCCCUCCUUAUCCUAAAGAUGCUAUUUUCGAGGGCUAUUUUCUAGAAACUACUCAGGUCAGCACUAACUAACUAAAAAGUUGCAGGUAAAGUGAAUUUAUUGAUUCAUUGUUUUGGGUGUCAAUUCCCAGUUUCUCUAGUCCAGACUAAAAUCUUCACUCAAGUGAUCACUUUACCUGAGCUACAAAGGUAAUUUUCACAUGAACAUUUUAAAACUGAAAUGAAAAUACCAAGACGACGAUUCUCCCCGGCGAUUUCUCAGUAAUAAUUUUGCACAAUCUGCGGACCUAUAAAAUUGUACCUGUCCAAUGGUAGAGUGUACGUCAUCACAUGAAAAAUUUCCUGUAACAAUGGCGGCCGUUUCUGAACGCAAAGAACUUCAGAAAGUUGUAGCCAUUAUGGGAGACGAAACCACUUGUCCUGUCUGCCUAGAAGAAUUUCAAGAACCGAAAUGUCUCCCCAGCUGUGCUCAUAACGUUUGUGAGCGGUGUUUAGAGAAUAUCGUCGUGGUCCGUAAAAAUUCGUACACAAUUUCUUGUCCUCAAUGCCGGGAAGAGUCUUUCCUUCCUUCAACGGGCGUCUCUGCUUUCCCCACAAACCACCUUUUAUUGCGACUUAUGGAGAAUACACCUGCAAGGAAAGAGAAAAAAGCUGUAAAUAACGCUCUGAACAUUUGCAAAGAGCGCGUUAAAGGGGCAGAAAAAGCAGCGAAGGAAAUGGAAGAUUGUUUUGAUAAAGCUUCAGAUGAAGGGGAAAUGCUAAGACGCGAGAUUAAUAAAAUGGCUGAUGAUCUUAUUCGAGCCAUUGAUGAUAAAAGAAAGUCUCUAAUUGCUCGCCUUGAUUCCUUUCUAACAGAGCAUUUUGAUUCAAAAUCUUUCCAAAGGGAGAAGGAACAGAUGUCUUCAUUUCUUGUAAGAGCAAGGAGUUGUAUGCACAAAGCAAAUGAAAUUCUCCAGCAAGGUGAAGUUGGGGAGAUUUUAGAAUCUAAAAAUGACCUUGUCGAAAAAUUAACGCAGAUCAGCUCUGCUGCAGAUGAAAGAGCCCUAGCAGUUAACAGGCUGUCUAACUAUGCAGAAAUGGAAUUUUCUCAUGGUCAAUGGUCUGAUUUGCAUGGUAAAUGUAUGGAAUUACUUGGACAGUUGUCAUUGUCAGCCAAAAACUAUACCCAGAGUGUGAAGAAUGGGGCAGGUUUUAUUGAUUACAGUAGAUGUGGAGAAGUAGCGCAGACUAUCAUGACUGGAGUGUUCACUUUUGCCAUUGCUGUGUCAAGUGGAACUGGUGACAUUGCUGUGCUAGAUGAAGAGGAUCGACGAGUUUAUGUCUAUUCUUCAAUGGGAGAUCCUGUAAUGUCAUUUCGCAUCAUAUAUGGUGACCUAUGGGAUAUCACAUUUUCCAAAGAUGAUGAAAUAAUAGUUUUGAACCGCGAAUGUAAUCGCCUGCUUCACUAUGACCGAGAAGGCACAUUUGUGAAAAAGUAUGUCAAAGCCCCCAACAGCCGAGUAAAAUUCACUAGGGUAUCAACAGAUAGUGAUGGUCGUUUGCUAGUGACAUCAAGUCCCAGAGAUUGCUGUGAUGAGCCAGAAGAGUUGGUUGAACCUUGUAUUCUUGUCUAUAGUGCAGACAGAAAGUUUCUGUUUAGCUUUGGUGAGGACAAACUCUCUUGUCCUCAAGAUGUUGCAUUUCACCAAGGAAAAUUCUUCGUAACUGAUGGUGAUCUAGAAUGUGUGAAAGUUUUCAACAGUAGUGGAACAUUUCUUUUUGACUUUGGGAAUGGUGAGCUGUUAGACCCAGUGGGCAUUACAGUGGAUGUUAUCAACAAUGUCAUAUUGGUUUGCGACUGUAGCAGUAAUGCAAUUGUCAUCUUUAAACCAGAUGGGGAACUUAUAUCAAAAAUUGAGACUGUUGAAGAACCUUUACAUGUUGCCCUUUCGGCUAAUUGUUCAAGUUUGAUUGUCUGCUUUUACAAUGCCUCAUUCUUUCAACUUCUUUCCAGUGGUCAAUGA